UUUAAAUACAUACAAGAACAGGUGUUGACUUCAUGCAUCAUGUAGUAUUGUGUACCGAACCCACAAUUAUCGCUAAACCAUGGCUAAAAAGAAUGAAGAAAACGAAAACAAGGUGGCCAGCUGAUAUAGUUGCUAGUGGCGGGCUAUCCACCAAUCACGCGAUGGUGAGUGCGUGCGCUAAAUGUGGUGAUGUUGGUUUUGCGAGAAAACUGUUCGAUUCAAUGCCUCGGAGGGACCCUAUUGCAUGGAAUGCAGUGAUUUCUGGGUACGCACAAUGUGGGCAAUCAAGGGAUGCAUUACGUUUGUUCCAUUUCAUGCAAUUAGAGGGUGUCAAGGUUAGUGAAGUGACAAUGGUUUCAGUUUUAUCUGCCUGUAGCCAGUUAGGCGCUUUGGAACAUGGGAGAUGGGCCCAUGCGUAUGUUCAGAAAAAUAAGAUUCCAGUGACGGUGACAUUAGGAACUGCACUUAUUGAUAUGUACGCAAAAUGUGGGGACAUGAAUGAAGCAAUGCAAGUGUUUUGGGGAAUGAAGGAAAAGAAUGUCUACACAUGGAGUAGUGCCAUGAAUGGGCUAGCAAGGAAUGGAGCUGGUGAUAAGUGCCUUGAACUAUUUUCCCUUAUGCAAAAUGAGGGGGUUUUGCCCAGUGAGAUCACUUUCCUUUCGAUUUUAAGGGCUUGUUGCGUGCUUGGAUUGGUUGAGGAUGGCCGCAAGUAUUUGGUCUCCAUGAGAAAAGAUUAUGGGAUUGAGCCUCUAGUUGAGCAUUAUGGAUGCAUUGUUGAUUUGUAUGGUCGAGCUGGGCGCUUAGAUGAAGCUUUGAAUAUCAUCAAUGAAAUGCCAUUGAAGCCCCAUACUGGUGCUUGGGGUGCUUUGCUCAAUGCUUGUAAAAUGUACAAAAAUAUGGAAUUGGGUGAACUUGCCUCAAGAAAAAUAAUUGAAUUGGAGGGCAAGAAUCACGGGGCGUAUGUUCUGUUAUCAAAUAUAUACGCUGAUUCAAAGAAAUGGGAAAUGGUUGAUAAUGUGCGCCAAGCUAUGAAGGUCAAUGGUGUAAGGAAACAGCCUGGCUGUAGUGUUAUUGAGAUUGAUGGUGAAGCUCAUGAAUUCUUCGUUGGAGAUAACUCCCACCCAAAGUAUGGUGAUAUUGAGGUCAUAUUAGAAGAGAUCUCCAUGAGAUUGAAAUCUUAUGCCACAAACUCCAAUUCUCUGCUGUCUGAUAUUGGAGAAGAAGAGAAGGAGCCUCUAUAACAAUGGUAAUUUUGCCUUUGCAUUUAGUUUCACCAACCAGAAGGAAGAUGUUCCAGUUAGGAUUCUGAAGAACCUAAACAGUUAAUUGGGAUUCUCAUGGUCUUAUAAACCAAUAAUCUAAAUUUUCAUUAUCUGUAAACAGUAGAGGACAAACCUUAAAAUAUAACAAAUUCUACGCGGUUCUUCAGAAUCCGAAGUGGAACACCUUACUUCUGCGUGAUACUCGGCUUCUUAAAUCAGUUGGCUUCAUGGGGCGAGUGACCCAACGUUAACCUUCUUAUACAAUCCAGAAUCUACAACCAUCUGCCGAAGGGAUAAUCCUUUACAAGCGCUAUUGAAAGUGUCUUAGAUUGUUGCAGUCUUCUCAUGGGCUCAAUGUUUAUACGAGUAGAAUCAGCACAUACUUGUCAGGGAUGGCCCUCGAAAUAAGCAGCUAGGAGCCCAUGACCAGGCAAUUGUUUACUCAUCUAUUUAGUUUGAAAUUUCCUAUGUUAGAAACUUAUUCAAUAAAGUCCAUUUGUUUCGCACAAUAAUUUUUAGAAAUAU